UUAAUACAUUAGGUAAUCUUAUGAAAUUAACUCACUAAUUAUAAGCAAUAUAGUCAGCCAUCCUCACCUCGAAUGAGCUUAAAGAAGUUCUACCCUUCUCGGUAGAACUUCGGCGAUACUCCGGUGAACUCCGGCGAAACUCCGGCGAAACUCCAGCGAAACUCCGGCGAAAGUUAGGAACACUUUAGUCAAGCUCCUAACAAGGUUUUAUCAUCACAAAACCCAUAUCAACACAAAUAACCCCUAAAAGGUUAUUUUCCGACGAACUGGUCAUUUGGCUUCUAAGUCCGUUCUUGGACUUAGAACUACCUUCCAACCCCUUGUUUUACACUUCUAAACAUGAAGAACAAUCCUAGGGGUCCUCAAUAUGAUAUAUGUUAGUACCCAAUUUUGAUAAGAUUUUGAUGAUGCCACUAUACUUAGCACAUGUACAUUGUGUCUCAUUUUGUUCUAGUAUUAACGUGACAAAUUAAAUGUACAAUUUUUUAGUCUAAGAAAUAUUACCGGAAAAGUAAAAAUGCAAUAAGCUAAAAUUUCUUUACCUUAAUAGGAUACUUGAAUCCUACCGGCAAAUACUGUUUGACUCAAAAAUUAUUCGUAUGUCACGAAGCUCGAAAUAUUAAAUGGAUAAUUAGAGAAAACAUUGACCGACAUUUAAUGCCAAAUACGUACUAGGGUCCGGAGCACUGAAGAUGCACAUAAAAGAAAUACUUCAGCAAUCAAUUGAAGACAAAAAUAGACGGAAGUUAAUGCUAAAACAGGUACAUGGACCUACAGCAUGGGCGCACAGUCUGAAUCCUAAAAAGGUAUCAACAGUGGCUAGGCGGUCAAGACAAAAGAACCCAUAUGCUCCGAAGAAGAAAAUAAACAACAAGUUGUUUAUCUUCUGCGAACAAAUUCAACGCACAAGAUUGAUCUAUCCUAACCAACGGAUAAGAUCAAUUAACCGGAGAGCCUAUAAAUACAGGCAGAAACGAAAGUGUCUAACCAAGCUUUGAGCAUCCAAAAGAGAGAAUUUCUAUCACGAGCAUUCACGAGAUAUCUAGCAAAAGAGAAAGUGUUAUUCUAAACUUUACUCUCUGCUUGGACUCAUGCUUCAUUAAACUUCCAGUAUACAAGCUCUUCAUUACUAAAUCAUAGAAGUUUAGUUCCUAGUUGGAGGUUAGAACUUUCUUGUAACAAAUCACAUAUUGUUGUAAACACUUAGGAGAACAGUUGUUCGGAUCCUACAGUGUAAGUAGAUAGAUAGAGUACCUUUUGAUCCCCACUGGUUGAUUAGAGAAAAGUCUAAGGACUGAGUAACUUUGAGUGGUGCUAUACUCAUCGUGAAAAACCUUCAAUCUAGGCCUGAGUGUUGUAAAGGCUAGAUUGGCACUAAAUGUAUUGGGUUUAAUACUUUAGUGAAAUCCAUCUGAAAGAGGGUGGGACUGGACGUAGGAGGAUUACACCACCUCUGAACCAGAAUAUAUCGUGUGUUGAUUUCAUUUCAGUCAACAAAGCACACACCCAACACUUCUCACAUAAAGAUUGUAGUUUGCCGGCAGCAUCCUAAGCAGUUGUCUUAAUUGACCCAACUGCUUAUCCUACUCCUUCAUUACUCACUUUCUUUGAGAUCAAAUUCACACCUUUAACGUGCACCAACAUCACUUGAAAGGAUCACUCUAUCAGUUCUCUGAAAUUCACCUUCUAAGUACAGCAGGUGCCUCAGCAGGUGCCUGGAAUCCACCCAACUGCUGAGCCCUCUGCUCAUAUAUACUUACUUCUUGUCAAACAUCUCAAAACUCACCAAAUUACCUUCAUCACACAAGCUGCAUUUCCUAAGCAGUUGCCUCAGCAGUUCCCUGCUCUUAGCCACCUGCUAAGCCAACUGCUAGCAUUCUAAGCCAAAUACUCUCCAAGUUAGAAAGUGGCUAAACACUCAUUACAUAAAGGGUAAAGACUUCUGUUGUGCAUCUAUAAAUCUCUCAAAAGUUUAUAGAUCAACUCUUUUAGAGGGAAAACUUUUAAAAGUCGAAAAAGAUUUAAAAGUCUAUUCACCCCCCCCCCUAGACUUUUAGCCUAUCAGGGACCAUCAAGUGGUAUCAGAGCGGAGUGUUCCUAGAGUCAUUUAUUGACUAUUUUGAACUAAAGAUCCAAAGCCACUUCACCUCCCAAACACUUUCUAAACAAUGGACAGCCAACUAGCCAAGAAUCUCCUGUUCAACUUAAACAAAUUUGAUGACUAGAGAAUCGGAAUGAAAGCACAUCUCAGUGCUUUACAUGAUGAAAUGUUUGAGGUAAUUACUGAUGGACCUAUCAGAAUAAUGAAGGUCAGCAUAUCCAAAACUGAUGACCAGGAGGAUAUAUACAUUCCUAAACCAAAAUUGGAAUGGACAUCUGAGGAUAGGAAAAUGAAUAAUCUUGACAACAUUGCCAAAAAUAUUCUCUUUAAAUCUGUUGAUGAGUCCAUAUUUCCCAGAAUUAGGAAAUGUGAAACUGCAAAAGCAGUAUGGGAAGAGCUCACAAAGAUCGGAGCAAGUGAUGAACAAGAAAAGGACAACAAGCUGACCAUAGCCCUCAAGAAAUUUGAGGACUUCAAAAUGUUGACAAAUGAGUCUAUUCAUGAGAUGGAAUCCAGGUUCCUAAAGAUUAUAGUAGAGGUUGAGGCCUAGGGAAAGAUCUAUCCCAAAAGGAGAUUUCCCUUAACGUCUUAAGAGGCCUGCCAUCUAAGUGGGACAUGAAGGUAACUGCUAUGAGAGAUAGCAGAGAUCUCAGAACUUUGUCAACUGACAAACUCUUCAGUGAUCUCAAGGCCUAUGAAUUUGAAAUGAAGGAGAUCAAAGAAGAGAAGGAAGAUGAGUCCAAGACACUAGCUCUAGUGUCUGAGCCAAGCACUUUAAAAUCUGCUGAAAAAUCCCUCAACAAUCUCCUCACUGACGAGCAAUUCGCUAUGUUUGUAAGGAAAUUUAAAAGAUUUAUGAAGGAGGGAACUGCUCCAAAGAAAGCAUACAAUCAGCCACCUAGAAGACAAGGGAGACCUCAACCCAGCGAGGAGACUGUCUUGUGCUACAACUGUAGACAGCCAGGAAACUCAUGUUCUCUUGAAUGCUGAAAAUGAUAGACUGAAACAAGACAUUAAGAUAAUUCAUUCUAAAUUACUAGAUGCCUUAAGCAAAAAUGAUGUCUUAGAAAAGGAGAACAAAGAGCUUAGAAACUCCAGCACAAAUAGUAAAAAUUCUUACCCUACUGCUGAAGUUACUCUAAAUAGGAAGAGAAGAGAUCUUGGUUACUCAUCCCCCACUAGACUCACUCAAAACUGUACAUCAACAAGCCACAAAUCAUACACAAGAAAGCUCACUUACCAAAAAACCCAUCCACCAAAUGUUCCCAAAAGAAGGAAUCAACCUGCUUCUAAACCAAAAUACAAACACCUAUAUAAAUCAACAUCCCCUCACCAUCUAAACCAAAAACCAUGUUGGCAGCCAAUAAAUAAGACCAACCACAGCCAAAAUAUCAAGCAGACUCCUCAAAUCAAUAAUUCACUUCCCACUUCGAAAAGGAAGAGGAUUAACAAGUACAUAGCCAUUCCUUUUGAUUACAACACCUCAAAUGGCUAUAGACCAAUCCGCUUAGAACUCAAUGGUUCUAGAUGGGCAUGGAUGCCCAAACUUAUACAAGGGAAGUCGCCCACUAACUUGUGGGCUACUGCUCAACAUUAAUUUAUACAGGAAGGUGUUGGAGCAGCUGAAACACAAACAUGGUACAUAGAUUCAGGCUGCUCCAGGCACAUGAUGGGCAGCAGGCGGCUCCUGUCAAACUUUACAGCAAGGGAAGGACCCAAAGUAACAUUUGGGAAUGUGGAAAAAGAAGGAGAAACCAAAGGAGCUGGAGACUUAUCAAUUUGGACUUACAAUCCAAAACAUAUCCUAUGUUAAUGGUUAAAAGUUCAAUCUCAUAAGCACAAGCCAGCUCUGUGACAAUGGCUAUAAUGUUACAUUCUCCAAAGACAUCUGUUUGAUUAGAGAUGUCAAAAAUGACAAAAUUGUGCUCACUGGUAGAAGGAAGAAGGACAUGUACAUUGUUGAUUGGAGCUCUGCAAAGGAAGGAAUCUGCUUAGUGACAAACGCAAAUUCAAACUUAAGUUGGGAAUGGCACAACAAAUUAAGCCAUCUAAACUUCAUGACAAUCAACAAACUGUCCAGAAAAGGUUUGGUGAAAGGACACCCUGAAAUGAACUUCAAAAAGGACCACCUCCGUGAUGCUUGUCAAAAAGGGAAACAAACCAAGGUAUCAUUCAAAUCAAAAGAAGUGGAAUCGUCAACUAGGCCCUUAAGCCUACUACACCUUGACUUGUUUGGACCAGUUGAACCAACAAGCUUAAGUGGUAGAAGGUACACCCUGGUUGUAGUUGAUGAUUAUUCUAGAUACACUUGGACCAUAUUCUUAAAGAAGAAGAAUGAAACAGAGAAGAAACUGCCAGAAUUGAUGAGGCUAAUUCAAAAUGAGAAAAGUCUCUCAAUUCAGAAGAUCAGGUCAGAUAGAGGUACUGAAUUUCUCAACUCCAUCAUAAUUCAGUAUUGUGGAGAAAAUGGAAUCCAUCAUCAAACCUCAGCAGCAAGAACACCUCAACAAAAUGGUGUUGCUGAAAGAAGGAACAUGACACUCAAGGAAGCAGGAAGGACAAUUUUAGAAGCAGCUGGAUUACCCAAAAGAUUCUGGGCAGAAGCAAUCAACACGGUUUGGUACACUCAAAAUAGAAGUCUUAUUCAUAAGAUUCACAAAAAGACACCAUAUGAGCUAUGGAAAGAAAGGAAGCCUGAUGUUAGUCAUUUCCAUGUGUUUGGAUCCAAAUGCUUCAUCCUAAACAAUGGAAAAGACUAUCUCAAGCCAUUUGAUCCCAAAUCUGAUGAAAGGAUCUUCCUGGGCUACUCAACAACUAGCAAGGCAUUCCGGAUUCUCAACAAAAGAACUCUGGUGGUAGAAGAAUCAAUCCAUGUGGUAUUUGAAAACCACCCCACUGCUCGAGUAAAAGAUGAAGGUGAGUCAUCCAAAUCAAGGGACACUGGAAAGGCUCCAAGCUGCCUUCUAAAUAAUAAAAAGGAUGGAAAAGCAGUUGACUCAAACGGCAGCCCACUGCCAACAGUUGACUCAACUGUCAGCCCACUACCAGCAGGUGACUCACCAAAAGACAACCUUCCAAGCACUCAUGACAUUCCCAAUCUUCCUAUUCUACCAGAUGAUAGUGAAGAAGAAGAAGAGGAGGAGGAUGAUGAACAAAAAAUCAAUCCAAAACAACCACAUCUGAUGUUAGAUGGUUGAGCAAACAUCCUCCUCACCAAAUCAUUGGAAACAUCAAUACAGCGGUUCGUACCAGAUCAGCAAUUCAGAGAGAAGCACUAUUCUCAUGCUUCAUCUCUCAAAUUGAACCCAAGAAAGUUGAAGAAGCCCUACUUGACUCAGACUGGAUACAAGCCAUGCAAGAGGAACUCAAUCAGUUUGAGAGAAACAAUGUAUGGGAGCUUGUAUCCAAACCCUAUCAUCAGCAUGUGAUAGGAACCAAAUGGGUGUUCAGGAACAAAAUGGAUGAGGAAGGCACCAUAUUCAAGAAUAAGGCAAGAUUGGUAGCCAAAGGCUACUGCCAGGAAGAAGGUAUAGAUUUUGAUGAAACCUUUGCUCCUGUUGCCAGACUAGAAGCUAUAAGAAUCUUCUUGGCCUAUGCUGCUCAUAAGCAAUUCACAGUCUAUCAAAUGGAUGUGAAAAGUGCCUUCCUAAAUGGUCUACUAGAAGAGGAGGUCUAUGUGGAGCAACCUCCUGGUUUCGAAAUCAAUAGAGAGAAGGAUCAAGUCUACAAAUUGCAUAAGGCUCUUUACGGACUCAAGCAAGCCCCAAGAGCAUGGUAUGACACUCUCUCUGAAUAUUUAGUGAAAAAUGGAUUCACUAAAGGCAAAGUAGACAAGACUUUAUUCAAAACUGAAGAAGGUCCCCACAUAUUGCUUGUUCAAAUCUAUGUUGAUGACAUAAUCUUUGGAAGUUCAAAUCAAGCAUUAUGUGAAAAAAUUUCAAAUCUCAUGCAAAGUAAAUUUGAAAUGAGCAUGAUGGGAGAGUUGAAUUAUUUUCUGGGAUUACAAGUGAAGCAGACUCCAGAUGGUAUCUUUAUCAACCAAGCUAAGUAUAUAAGAGAUCUCAUGAAAAAGUUCAAAGUUGAGAACAAGUCCACUGUGAAAAUUCCCAUGAAUACAUCCCAAGGUCUAAGUCAGGAUGAAGAUGGCAAAGAUGUUGAUCCUACACUUUAUAGAGGCCUAAUUGGUUCCUUGUUAUAUCUCACCACUAGUAGGCCAGAUAUAUCCUACUCAGUUGGUGUAUGUGCAAGGUUUCAAUCAAAGCCCAAAGAAAGCCAUCUCCUAGCUGCAAAGAAGAUAUUGAGGUAUCUAAAAGGCAAUCCUAACUCUGGAUUAUGGUACCAGACAAAUGGAGGCUUUGACCUCUAUGGAUAUUCAGACUCUGAUUUUGCCAGAUGCAAAAUUGAUAGAAAAAGUACCUCAGGUACAUGUCAAUUGAUUGGUGGAAGACUUGUCUCUUGGUUCAACAAGAAACAAAAUUCAAUUGCUACUAGCACUGUUGAAGCUGAAUACAUAGUUGCAGGCAGUUGCUGUGCUCAAAUCCUAUGGAUGAAACAGCAAUUGAAGGAUUAUGGAGAAGAAACAAAGGAAAUCAGCAUUUUGUGUGAUAAUACAAGUGCUAUUGCUAUCACUCAUAAUCCAGUAUUUCACUCAAAAACCAAACACAUUGAGAUCAGGCAUCACUUUAUUAGAGAGCAUGUUGAAAAAAAGACCAUCAAGCUAGAGUACAUUCCCACUGAGAAGCAGUUGACUGACAUAUUCACCAAGCCACUGAAUGAACCCAGAUUCAAUGAACUUAGAUAGGAGCUUGGAAUGCUAGAUGAUCUAGAUCAAGUGAAGGAAUAGCCCUCCACCCAUUCAGGGGGAACCUAAUUCCAAAAUCAAGGGGGAAUUCCUAGCCACCUGCUGAGGGGGAAUUUCUGUGAAGUACUCAGAAGUAGGCACCUGCUAAAGGUAGGCUACUCAAAACAUCAAAGGAAUGAAGCAUCAGGGUCCAAAUAAGUCACUGUCAGGAUAUCAAGAUCAAAACGAGUCAAAAUGCACAAAGGGCACCUGCAAUGGCCGCGAUCAUCUCUGGGACUCCACACAACUGGUACAGGUACGUUUUUAAAGAACUUGUGAGAUAUGUCAACAAAUCUCACAAGGACAGAAAGGAAGAUGGUACCCUACCAUUGCUAGGGUAUGGGUUCCUGAUUGGAGAAAUUCUCAAAAGAAAGGGCAUCAUAGGGAAGGUCAAAGAAGAAACCAUCCGGAGGAAAUUCCUCCAUCAAACCUCAAAGGCAGGAGCCCCCAAGAUUCAAAAGGAAGACCCCACUCUUCACUCUCAUCAACCUCUUCAAAUAGAAUUCACGAGGAUCAAAACAAAGCUAGCCAAAAGACCAUGAUCUGGGUGUCAAGAAGCCAAAUCAAAGAGGCCAAGAACAGCAACAAGGAAUCUUCAAGCAGAACUAGAAGAGGCAGCUUCAUCCUUCCUUCCCGAAGAAGCAGAGGCCUCUCCUCUUACCAUUAUACAUGAGGAAGCAGUCGCCUCCCCCUUAGCAAUAAUUCAAGAGGAAGCAGAGGCCUCCGCCGGUUCCUCAAAUGGAAGCAACAGCUCUGCUCUCCCCCUCUCCAUACAUAUUCCAAGAAUAACUCAACAAGAAGAGCAGGUGGCUCUCUUACUAGAGCAGGUGGCUAACCCACAAACUGAGAAGACCACUCAAAUAAGCGAGCAGGUGGCUCCCCCAGAGCCAGAGCAGACUCCUCCUUCACCAGCAGUGAAGUCACCCAAAAUAACUCCCUUAGAGCAAUUGGAUGCAGACUUUGAAAGGGUCAAAGCAUGGCGAUCCUGGAAGCUAUCAAGGAUCCUUCUUCAAGCAGACACAUUCUCCCAUUUCAUAGAGGAAGAAGACUUCGUCGUGGAGUGGCUUGGAACUGAUGACAUGGCCGAGGCUACAAGACUUCACACAAUCAACCAAGUGUAUGCCUUAAAGAAAAAGAACCUCACAGCCAAAGAUGCAAUCGAAGACUCAGACGAUGAUGAUCUGGAUGAUGAUGAUGAUGAUAAUAAUGCUGACAACGCACCCAAGGGACCACCAAGAUCAAGAGGUAAGAAAAUCGUUUACUCCUCCUCCUCUAGUGAUAAAGAACUCAGACAAACCCUUGAGAAAUCAAGGAUGGAAACUAAAGGAGGUGGGGAAUCCUCUAAGGCACUCCAGAAGCUGUUGGUUGCUACUAUCCAGUAGGGGACUGCUAUGAUAGAUCUCAACUUGGAACCCCACCAAGAUACAGCACCUGAGCAGCCUGCCACAUCAAACGAAAUCAAAAAUCAAAUUCAGCAUAAGGAUGAAGAAGACACUCCAACACUAGCAGAGGUCUUCAUCAACAAAAGAAGAGCAACCACAAAAUUCAUAAGCAAUGCUGAGGUUCGCCUACACAAUAGACUCAUCAAAAUGCAGAAGCAUUUUGAUGAGCUGCUAGAAAUGAGGUUCGCUGAAGUACACUACCAUCUAAAGAGCAAUUUGAUGAUACAACAAGUAUUCAACUCAGAGCAGAAAGCUCAGCUCAACAUCCAACUCUCAAACCAACCAGCUCAAAUGGAGGCGAUUCACAACGAACUUGAAGCCUUGAAAGCCAGGGAUGAAGAGCUGGAAAAUCAAAUUGUAGAAUCACUGAAGAAACUAAGGGAAAAAGAGCUAGCAGUGGCCUCCCAAGCAGCAGAGCCCUCUGCCCAGGUACUUCCUACCAUCUCUUUACCUCCUAAUCUCGAGCAGGCCUUUAAAACAAUCCAAGAGCAUGAGGAGUACAUCCAAAACAUGAGGACCAAGGAGCUUCCAGCCAUGCUUCAUCUUUCACAAAAACUGACAACAAAGCAAGUGGAGCACUCAGAAUCCAUUGCCAAAACAAGAGCAGAUGUUUCUAAGCACCUCACCAACUUACACAAAGCCACUCAGGAUGCCUUCCACAGGCAGGCAGAUGAACUUCGAAAACUUGGCCAACGCCAGCAAGAAACGGCUGAAAAGCUGGUCAAAUUGGACAAGGAGGUCAAAGAAGAAGUCAAGAUUGACUUAGUGGAACUCCGGAACACUGUAGUAGGACUAUCCAUCGAAGUCAACGACCUAUACCCAAGGCGAAAACAUUAAAAGGAAGUUGCUUUGGAUCCUGAACUAGAAGACCUCCUUCAAAACAUCAAGACCCCUACUGAUGCCAAAAAGGGGGAAAAGUCAACACAAGCAGGUCCCUCCUCCAAAAGAUCACUAGCAGCACAGAAAGGAGCAGAAACAAAAAGAAAGAAUCAACUCUACAAAGAAGAAGCUGAAAUCAGAAGAAGAAAAGCAGAAGAGGCCAAAGCCAAGGAAGAAGCCAAGAAGAAACAAAAAGAAGACAAGCAAGAGUAGGCUAGAUCUUAAAGUCCGAAAUUGACUAUAAACUAUUGCACUCUAGAAAUAAGAACAAUGUACAAAACUUCAAAGAAAAUCAAUAAAAAUGUUUGUUAUUGUGUUGUAUAGUUUUGGCAUCAUCAAAAAGGGGGAAAUUGUUAGUACCCAAUUUUGAUAAGAUUUUGAUGAUGCCACUAUACUUAGCACGUGUACAUUGUGUCUUAUUUUGUUCUAGUAUUAACGUGAUAAAUUAAAUGUACAAUUUUUGAGUCUAAGAAAUAUUACCAGAAAAGUAAAAAUGCAAUAAGGUAAAUUUUCUUUACCUUAAUAGGAUACUUGAAUCCUACCGGCAAAUACUGUUUGACUCAAAAAUUAUUCGUAUGUCACGAAGCUCGAAAUAUUAAAUGGAUGAUUAGAGACAAAACAUUGACCGGCAUUUAAUGCCAAAUACGUACUGGGGUCCGGAGCACUGAAGACGCACAUAAAAGAAAUACUUCAGCAAUCAAUUGAAGACAAAAAUAGACGGAAGUUAAUGGCUAAAACAGGUACAUGGACCUACAGCAUGGGCGCACAGUCUGAAGCCUAAAAAGGUAUCAACAGUGGCUAGCCGGGCAAGACAAAAGAACCCAUAUGCUCCGAAGAAGAAAAUAAACAACAAGGUGUUUAUCUUCUGCGAACAAAUUCAACGCACAAGAUUGAUCUAUCCUAACCAACGGAUAAGAUCAAUUAACCGGAGAGCCUAUAAAUAUAGGCAGAAACGAAAGUUUCUAACCAAACUUUGAGCAUCCAAAAGAGAGAAUUUCUAUCACGAGCAUUCACGAGAUAUCUAGCAAAAGAGAAAGUGUUAUUCUGAACUUUACUCUCUGCUUGGACUCAUGCUUCACUAAACUUCCAGUAUACAAGCUCUUCAUUGCUAAAUCAUAGAAGUUUAGUUCCUAGUUGGAGGUUAGAACUUUCUUGUAACAAAUCACAUAUUGUUGUAAACACUUAGGAGAACAGUUGUUCGGAUCCUACAGUGUGAGUAGAUAGAUAGAGUACCUUUUGAUCCCCACUGGUUGAUUAGAGAAAAGUCUAAGGACUGAGUAACUUUGAGUGGUGCUAUACUCAUCGUGAAAAAACUUCAAUCUAGGCCUGAGUGUUGUAAAGGCUAGAUUGACACUAAGUGUAUUGGGCUUAAUACAUUAGUGAAAUCCACCUGAAAGAGGGUGGGACUGGACGUAGGAGGAUUACACCACCUCUGAACCAGGAUAUAUCGUGUGUUGAUUUCAUUUCAGUCAACAAAGCACACACCCAACACUUCUCACAUAAAGAUUGUAGUUUGUCGGCAGCAUCCUAAGCAGUUGUCUUAAUUGACCCAACUGCGUAUCAUACUGCUUCAUUACUCACUUUAUUUGAGAUCAAAUUCACACCUUUAACGUGCACCAACAUCACUUGAAAGGAUCACUCUAUCAGUUAUCUGAAAUUCACCUUCUAAGUACAGCAGGUGCCUCAGCAGUUCCCUGGAAUCCACCCAACUGCUGAGCCCUCUGCUCAUAUAUACUUACUUCUUGUCAAACAUCUCAAAACUCACCAAAUUACCUUCAUCACACAAGCUGCAUUUCCUAAGCAGUUGCCUCAGCAGUUCCCUGCUCUUAGCCACCUGCUAAGCCAACUGCUAGCAUUCUAAGCCAAAUACUCUCCAAGUUAGAAAGUGGCUAAACACUCAUUACAUAAAGGGUAAAGACUUCCGAUGUGCAUCUAUAAAUCUCUUAAAAGUUUAUAGAUUAACUCUUUUAGAGGGAAAACUUUUAAAAGUCGAAAAGGAUUUAAAAGUCUAUUCACCCCCCCCCCCCCCCCUCUAGACUUUUACCCUAUCAGAGACCAUCAAUAUAUAAAUCUUAAGGUAGAUAAGAAGUAGAGGAAAAGUUAGUAGGAGGUCAUUACCUUAAUUCCUCACACUUUUUCCUAUCUUUUUCCUUCUUCAACCUUCUUUCUUUUUCUUGUUUGAGCUAUGACUUGAGUUUGGCUAUGGAAGAUGUAGCUUGCAGAGGCCUCCUUCUUCUCUUGGUGAGCUUUGGUCGAAAUGUAAGGGGUGGGGGUGAUUGAGAAUGCCAUUUUGGCAUUUCUCACAAUAAUGAGAUGAUAAGGUCCCACCCUCAUUAAUUUGUUUGCUCCCUAAGCCAAUUUUCCUUUAUUUCCCAUGCACAAAUGCAUCCCUCCUAAGUACUUGAAUGGCCAAAAAAACGUUGGUUGGCCCCCACACAUGUGGGAGGUCACCCCUUUGAGUCCAGAAGUGUACAAUCGGUCCCGAAAGUUGUAUUUUUCGGACUGUUUUAUUCAUAUUUAAUUUUAUCGGGCCAAAUAAGAUAUAACACACGUUCCUAGUUAUAAUAGGACUUUAGAAUAGUUGUACAUUCCCCAACUUUAAUUUUGGAGUCUCCGAAAUUCAUUUCGGACUGUUAUCCGGUAAAUUACCAAUAGUGGUAUUUGGGCCUCAUUUGACCAACGAGUCAACUCUAUGCUCUUUCUAUGGGCCUACUAAAAUAUCUACCAUCAUAUACAUAUCAUCUAGACUAAGAUGAAUAUAAUAUGUGAUCCUGGACUUAUCGGGCGGUCCCCGUUCCCGGUGUGGGCCCCACGUGAAAUUUACUAUUCACGCAAAAGAAAAAAUAAAAAUUCACAAUUUCGCAAAUUCGUGAUUGGUUCAUCAAGGUUUAUUACAUAAUUUGCUAAAAAGUAAAUGUGCUCGGGGACGGUGCUACAAUCUCUCUAGACUAGCUCAAAUACUCCAUUAAUGGGAGCACAAGUUGUACAUUGUAAUGGUGAGGAGAGUAUUAAUGAGAAUGUGAGGGCUUGAACAUUAGCCUGAAAAGUCUCGUGGUUUUCUCCCUUGUUAGGAAUAUUUUAUGGUGUCCAAUCUAAUUAAAUAUCUUUGUAUUUGUGUAGUUAUUAGUUAAACGUGUAAUAUGGGCCACAAAUGUAUAUCAGCCCAUUAGCUUCUUUGUAAUCCAUAAGUUAGCCAACUUCUCCUAUAAAAGGAGGCUAACUUAUGGAAACCGUAAGGAUUAAAAAGGCUUAAGAGCAUAGAGGCGAGAUAGAGAGUAGGUUUUCCGCUGCUCUCCUUCUCGAGGGAGAGCAGCGGCCAUUAUCACGGUAUACCAGAUUCGUUGUUCAUCUCCAUAUCUUUCUAUCUGCUUCUUCUUUAUCUGCUACGAUUGUUUGAUUGUUAAAGAUCAGGGCUUAUCAAUUGGUAUCAGAGCUGAUGCGUGAAAAAGAAUGAAUUCAUCUGCGAUUUUUCGGACUUGCUGUUUGGAAGACUGUUUUUCAUAAGAUUUUCUAAAUCUCGAUUUUUGCCUUUGUAAUCCUGUGUUUGGUCGAAACAUUGUAAAAGUUAUACUUUUAGAAUCGCGUUCUCGAAAUGAUUGAGCAGUAUAUCUUCUUUUUUGACAUCUGCAAGUUUUUAUUUUUGAAGAUCUCGAUUCUCAAAUCUCGUGAUCAUGCUUUUUGAAGGUGUUUCUCAGGAUUUCGCGUCGAAUUUGAUACAGUAGGAAUCUUGAGAUCAAGGGCUUUCCAAAACUGUUUAUGUUUUUUGAAAAAUUCGAAUUUUUCAAUUUGAAAGAUUUUGAUAUUUUGAAGGAUUUCGAUAUCUUGAAAGAAAAGAUCUCGAGAUUCUGGAUUUUAAAUGACAAGAAAGAUUUUGUUGUUUUGAAGAUUUCGACAUUUUAGGAAUAUCUCGAUGUUUUUAAUCUUACAAAGUUUGGAGUUUCUUGAAACUCAGAAUUGUUCGAAGCUUGAUAUUUUUUUACAGUUCAUCGAAACUUUACAUUAUAGAAUUUUUGGAUGAAUCUCUGCUUUUCAAAGUUUUUAGAAGUUUUCGAUGUUUUGAUGUUUUUCAAACAACAAGUACUCGAUAUUCUGAAGUUUUGAGGUUUUGUUUUGCAGGUGGAUUUCGUCAUUGUUCUUCGAGGCAACCUCGACAUUGAGAUCUUGAAGUUU